AUGUCCCAAAAUAAUUUAGAAACAAUUCCAAAAAUCUUGGAACAAUCUUUACAUCCUCAAUUUUCUAAUCAAGCUGAUAAAACUUUAAAAUCAAUUGAAAAUGAAUCAGGUUUUACUAUAAAUUUAUUACAUGUUAUAGCAUCAAAUAAUUUAUCCCCAUCAAUUAGAUUAGCUGGUGCAUUAUAUUUUAAAAAUUUAAUUAAACGGAAAUGGUUAGAUGGUAAUGGUGAUGGUACUAAUUAUUUAUUACCUAUUGAAGAUGUUAAUAAAAUUAAAUUGGAAAUUUUAGAUAUUAUGAUUCAAUUACCUAAUCAAUUACAAGUACAAAUUGGUGAAGCAAUAACUUUAAUUGCUGAACUGGAUUUCCCUUAUAAUUGGCCUAAUUUAAUUGAAAAUUUAGUUGAAAAAUUUUCUUUAACAGAUUUUAUUAAUAAUAAAGCCAUUUUAUUAGUAUCACAUCUGAUUUUUAAAAAAUGGAGAUCAUUAUUUCGAUCAGAUGAAUUAUUUUUAGAAAUUAAAUUAGUUUUAGAAAAAUUUGUUGAUCCAUUUUUAAAAUUAUUUAUUGAAUUAGAUCAAUUAAUUGAUAAAUCUAAUAAUAAUGAAGCUAAAUUAAUUAUUUAUUUUGAAAAUUUAUUAUUAUUAAUACAAAUUUAUUAUGAUUUUAAUUGUCAAGAUAUUCCAGAAUUUUUUGAAGAUCAUAUGAAUGAAUUAAUGACAAUUAUUCAUAAAUAUUUAAUUUAUGAAAAUGAUUUAUUAAAAUAUAAUGAUAAUGAUGAAGAAAUUAAUAUAUUAAUUAAAGUGAAAACUUCUAUUGUUGAAUUAUUAAGUCUUUAUGUUACUAGAUAUGCUGAUGUAUUUCAACCUUUAAUUCAAACUUUUAUUACUUCAGUUUGGGAUUUAAUUAAUAAUUAUAUCACAAAACAACCCAAAUAUGAUUUAUUAGUAGUUAAAUCAUUACAAUUUUUAACAUCAAUUAUUAAAAUUCCAGAAUAUCAAUCAAUUUUCCAACAAGAAAGUUCUAUUAAUGAAAUUAUUGAAAAAAUCAUUUUACCAAAUAUUUAUUUCCGAGAAAUUGAUGAAGAAAUUUUUGAAGAUGAACCAAUUUUAUAUGUUCGAUCUGAUUUAGAAGGUUCUGAUUAUGAUUCAAGAAGGAAAAGUGCUACAGAUUUUUUAAGAGAACUAAAAGAAUUAAAUAGUGAAUUAUUAACUACAACAGUGAUGAAAUAUGUUAAUCAAUUUUUAAAUCAUUCUACUAAUGAUUGGAGAAAUAAAGAUACUGCAAUUUAUUUAUUUAGUUCUUUAGCUACUAAAGGUAGUGUAACAAAUAUUGGUGUCACUAGUACUAAUGUUUUAGUUGAUGUGGUUAAAUUUUUCCUGGAUAAUAUUGCCAAUGAUUUAACCACCACCACCACCACCAGUAGGACUACUAUUCAUCCAAUUUUACAAGUUGAUGCUAUUAAAUAUAUUUAUAUUUUCCGGAAUCAAUUAACUAAAGAACAAUUAAUGAUGACAUUACCUCGAUUAAUUAAUCAUCUUGAUAUUAAAUCUAAUCCUGUGGUAUAUACAUAUUCUGCCAUUACUAUUGAGAAAUUAUUAUCCAUGACAAAUUUUAAUCAAGAUCAUACACCUAUUUUUAAUAAAAUUGAUAUUCAACCAUAUAUUAAUGAAUUAUUAACUAAUUUAUUUAAUCUUAUUUCAAUUAAUAAUUCUUCACCAGAAAAAUUGGCAGAAAAUGAAUUUUUAAUUAAAUGUAUUAUGAGAAUUUUAAAUACUGGUGAAGAUUGUUUACAAGAAAGAUUACCAAUAAUUCAACAAUUAUUAACAAUUUUAAAAUUAAUUGCUAAAAAUCCUUCAAAUCCAAAAUUUUCUCAUUAUAUUUUUGAAAGUUUAGGAUUAUUAAUUAAAUUUGGAAUUAAUAAUAAUAAUGCUAAUCAAUAUAUUGAUAUUAUAAUUCCAGCUUUAUUAGAUAUUUUAAGUGAAGAUGUUCAAGAAUUUGUUCCAUAUACUUUUCAAAUAUUAGCAUUUUUAUUAGAAAAAUAUCCUAAACAACAACAACAACAACAACACCAUCAUCAUCAGAAAUUACCAGAAACUUAUAAAAAUUUAAUUCAACCAUUAUUAUCACCUAUGGUAUGGCAAUUUCGUGGGAAUAUUCCUGGAAUUACAAGAUUAUUAAUUGCUAUAUUAGAAUAUGAUCCAAUUUCAACAUUUUUAAAUAACAAUAAUAAUAAUGGUAAUAAUGGUAAUAAUGGUGAGAAUCAAACUUUAAUUUCAUUAUUAGGAGUAUUUCAAAAUUUAUUAGCUAAUAAAAUUAAUGAUGGUUAUGGAUUUGAUUUAAUUCAAUCAAUAAUAUUAAAUAUCCCUAUUGAACCAUCAUUAAAACCAUUUUUACCAAAUAUUUCUCGAUUAAUGUUGACAAGAUUACAAAAAUCUCGUACUGAUAAAUAUGUUAAACGAUUUGUGAUAUUUUUAUGUCUUUUAACUACCAUAUCAUUAAAUAAUAAUAAUAAUAAUAAUAAUAAUGAUAAUAUUUCAAGUGUUAAUAAAAAUAUUUUAAAUGGAGAAUUUGUUAUUAAUUUUUUAGAAUCAGUUCAAUUAGGGGUUUUCCAACAAAUUUUAAUUUCAUUUAUUUUACCAACUUCAUCAAUAUUAACUAAUUUACAAGAUAAAAAAUUAGUUAAUAUUGGAUUAUCACAAUUAUUAGUCACAAUUGCAACAUCCUCAACUUCAUCAACAUCAUCAACAUCAUCAAGUCAAUUUAUUGGGCUUAUUCCAUUAAUACUAGAAACUUUAAUAUCUAAUUUGGAUUCUUAUGAAGGAAUAUCAAAAAAUAUCAUCACCACCACCACCACCAAUACCACCAAUACCACCAAUAACAACAUUGUUAGUAAUAAUAAUACUAUUACUAGUAUUGGUCAAUCAUUGAAUGAAUUAAAUUUAGAUUUAGAUUUAAAUGUUUUUGGUUCACAAUUUUCUAAAAUUAUUCUGAUUAAUAAUCCAUCAUUUGAUCCAUUAAUAAAUAUUAAAAAUAAUGAUUUUAAUAAUAUUAAAUUAAUUAUUUUUAAUAAUAUAAAAAAAAUUGAUAUUAAAUAUUUAUAUGAAUUAAGUCCUAAAAAUCAAGAAAUUUUGAAAAAAUUAGGGUUCUAA